UCCCGACACUUUCGCUUUAGUUUGGCUCAGAGACGACGUUGGGCAGACGGAUUGUUGAAGUUGUUGACCAACAAAAGAAGAAAAAGAACCAAAAUGAAGCAUAUUCUGUGUCUUGCAGCUCUGGCAGCUCUUUGCUUGUCAGUUCAGUCCAAACUGACUCCACCAAAAGUUCAGGUGUACACCCGCGACCCUGGAGAGUUUGGAAAGGAUAACACUCUGAUCUGCCAUGUCAGCGACUUUCACCCCCCUGACAUCACCAUCCAGCUGGUGAAGGACGGCCAGGAGCUCCCCAACACCAAGCAGACCGACCUGGCCUUCAAGCAGGACUGGCACUUCCAUCUGACCAAGAGUGCCCCGUUCACCCCCAUGGAGGGUCAUAAGUACAUCUGCAGGGUUACUCAUGGGACAGUCCAAAAAGACUACGCCUGGGAGUCGAACAUGUAGAUGUGGUGGAGUCCUGGAGGCAGGCCUUGACCUCCAGUAGUUUGUUCAGCUUCAGCAUCCGUCACAUCUCCACCCACAAACAUCACAGCGCCUCCACCCGGCUUCUCCGCUCUCCUUCCACUCCGCUUGCUGUUAGAAUCAUCUCAUGGUGAUUGGGAAUCUAACCUGUAAAACCAGAAACGUGUCUUUACCGACGCCCUGCAGGUCCAAAUAGAUCUGAGGGAAUUUUUUCUUAAACUUUGCAUUAAGAAAAAAAUUACUUUGCUUAAAACUCCAAUAAAAAGUUCAAAUAACCAAUAAAUGAUUUUCUAUCUUUUGGACACAUCAGGUUUUACAGGGUGAAGAUUAAAUGUUAAUUAUUAAAUGUUUGGUUGUAGCUUGUGUACUUAUCUGUAAUUUAACUGUUUAUAUUGCAUUUAACUCCCAAAUGAUAAAAUCCUGAUGUGGACUUUUCAUUACAAACUUCCUUUUGUUUAAUUUUUUAUAUUAAUCACAUGGAUUUGUAAAAAUGUGGUCAGGGGUUUUCUAUCCACACUAGAUGGAGGGCUUCUCAUUGUUUUGAUUCAUUUAUGUUAAUAAAAAUGUUUGACCCUCCAAUAAAUAAUCUCCUGUAAA